AUGGCAGACGGGACACAUCUUGCUUCAAUCGCCCCCGCGCCGGGUCCAAAUGUUGAAGGGCAACAUGCUUCUAGUACAGGAGUAACGAUAAAGCGCUUCAACUGCCAAUCUUGCGUGCGAAGAAAGAUCAAAUGCGACAGGACUGCACCAACAUGCUGGAGCUGCAGCAAAGCAAAGAUUGACUGCGUCUACCAAGCCCCGCUGCCUCGGCGGAAAAGGAAGCGAAGUCAGUCUGAAGACAUUCAUGCCCGUCUAGCACGGUAUGAGCGCAUCUUGCAAGACAAUAACCUCCUUCCGGAAUCUGGGUCGACCCCUGCAUCCGCUCAAAAUCCAUGCAGGGAUGGCCUAGCAUCAAGGGCGGCCACGCGGUCUGGCCAACUUCUUUCUACCAACGGCAAGACACGUUAUCUAGACAGCGUUCUCCUGCAUGCUGGAGAAGGAGACCUGUGUGAACUGUCGGAUUCGGAGCACGAUGACCACCAGGAUGACCUAGGAGUUGAUAAGAGUGUCCCAAGCGGGCAGGAAGCAGCAUCUGCUGUUCUAGGGGCCAUGGCCGGAAGUCAACAGAGCCUCGUCAACCAUCAUCCCAGUCACGAGGAGGCCACAGAGCUCUGGAAUACUUACGUGCAAAACGUCGAGCCUCUGUGCAAAGUUCUACAUGUCCCAACGGUUGCGAAGAUGGUCGACGUUGUUUCAAAGCAGCCGACUCUGGCCUCUAAGGACGAUGAAUGUCUACUUUUUGUCAUCUACUAUUUCGCCGUCUUCUCCAUGUCAGACGCCGACUGUCUUCAAAAUUUCAACAAAUCCAGAGCCCACUUAAUGUCGAGACAUCGGGCCGCUUUCUACCAAGCCCUUGUCAAUGCUUCAUGGCUGAGAACGACGUCGAUGCCCGUACUGCAAGCGUACACACUAUUCCUCGUCGCAUUGCGCACUCAACUAGAUGCCAAUACGUUCUGGAUCUUGACAGGCAUUGCGGCUCGCCUCGCACAACGCAUGGGAUUGCAUCGUGACGGUGAGAACCUUGGACUGCCACCAUUCGAGGUUCAAAUGCGGCGGCGCCUCUUUUGGCAGUUGCUUCCGCUCGACGGCUAUGCUGGCCAGGUUUCCGGCACUGGAAUCUCCAUAUCGCCCAAUAGCUGGGAUACGAAGCCGCCGCUGAACAUCAAUGAUGAUCAAAUCUUUCCUGGUAUGACACAGCAACCUCAAGAGCUCAAAGGUGCUUCAGAAAUGAUCUUCUGCUUGUCUCGGAUAGAGCUGUCCAACUUCUAUACACGUACAGGGGUCAAAACGAAGGAGAUUGGUGCUACAAUAGAGCUCAAGGAUGCCGAUGAGACUGAGAGGCUCAUUGACGAGGUUGAAGACUCCAUUGAGACAAGGUUCCUUCGAUACUGCGAUAUAGUAAAUCCUUUGCACCUUCUGACCACCGGAGUCGUACGGUCUGCCACCAAUGCUGUCCGAUUGCGCGCUCGAAUGCCACUGCUCAUGAAGCAAUCCAUGACCGAUGAGCAAAGACGCGACAUCUGCUCACUCGCGGAGAAAAUUAUUGAUACAAACAAUACAAUUUACGAGAACCCAGCCAUAAGGAAGUUCCGAUGGCACACGCAAGCUUUCUUCUUGUGGGAUGCCUUACUCUGUAUCCUGCGUACCCUCGCACUUGUCGGAUUCCACUCUCCAUCGGAAUUAGACGCCACAUGGGACAAGGUUGCGAAAGUCUACUCAAACCACGAAGAGCUUUUUAUGAGCAGAAAAACCCUACACAUUACCGUCGGCAAGGAAACCCUCAAAGCUUGGGAUGCGAAUCCCCCGUGCAAUUCAUCCCCCGAGCCAUAUUUCGUAACUAACUUGCGCGCAAAACGCGAUGCAAAAGCUCGCAGGCCGCAAGAAAGUGCCAACGGAAUAGGAAUUGACAAUGUUACCGUCGAUUUCGAGUUUGACGGGCUUUUCGGUGGCGUCGAUGGUCCGCACCUGAAUCUCGACGGCGCUUUCGAUCUCGAUUCUCCCGACUGGACCUUUUGGAAUCAGAUAAGUUGA